GUUGCGGGAACUUAUAAUAACACAGAACCUUACAAAUGGCCAUCAAGACCUAAUAUUGGCUCCACCGGCGCUUCUUCAAUGAAAUCAACAGAUGUAACCGUAAAAGAUCUGUUAGAAAAGUUGCAAGAGAUCGAAGUAAGCCUUUGGGAAGAUAAACAUGUCAACAAAUCUGCCAUUCUCGGAAUUAUUACCAUACAUCAAGAUCUUGCAUCCAUCGAAAUGUUAAAUAAGAACAACGAGGAAUUAUGUCUUGACACUUUCAAAAUUUACCCUACCAUCAUGUUUCGGAUAGUUAACGAAGAUCCAGAGUUUGUGAAGAAUACAUCUCGGAAGGUUUUAAAGGCUGCUAAUAGCUGUCUCGAUAAGAAGAACCAUGAAUUUUGGAAAAACACUUCAAGAAUGCCCGACUUGAUAGCGAACUUACAAGAUGUCUUCGUUAAUAUGACAGAGGGAAACCUUUCACUCGGAAUCGAUUAUACCCUUACAACGGAAAAAGUUUUGGCCGUGAUUAAAAGAAAACGUACCACAGCAGAGGAGGAUUACAUCAUAAUCCCUGACUACUCUGCUAUAAAAGAUGACUCGUGGAGCGAUGAUUCCAACUUUGUGAAGAUCCCUAAAGCAGCAGUACAAAGUGCCAAAGGAAAUUACACAUAUGUAUUCCUACUGUAUAAGGACGUGGAAAGUGGACUGCCGAAUUCCUUCCAAAAUGAAACUGGAGAUGAAUUCCACGUUUCCUCUCUUGUGAUGUCUUGUUACCUUGCACUUGGUGAUAAGCCUGUUUACAAUCUUACUUCUCCGGCCCUUCUGUAUUUCAAAACUUCGUCCGCCGAAGGCCGUUCAAGGCAGUGCUCAUUUUGGAAUACAAACAGAAGUUCCUGGUGGACGAAUGGCGUCAAAGAAUUAGAGUUACCAUCAAACUCCUCAAUUACUGUUUGCCUUACCGAACACUUUACCAGUUUCGCGGUUCUUAUGCAGCACACAAAAGUGGAGCUCUCCGAGGAGGAUCACCUCGCUCUAAGCAUCAUAACCUAUAUAGGCUGUGGAGUCUCAACGGGAGCCUUGAUCAUCACCGUCAUAGUAUUCUUGAGUGUCGAAUCCUUGUCAUCGAAACGACACAAAAUUCAUACCAACCUCGUGGUGUCACUCCUUUUUGCUAACGUACUUUUUUUGGCUGGGAUAAACGAAACGUCCAGUCCGGUGCUAUGUAAAGUGGUGGCAGUGUCAAUACAUUACUUCUUCUUGACUGCGUUCACCUGGAUGUUUGUGGAGGGCUUACAUUUGUACCUGAAGGUUGUCCAAGUAUUCAGAACAGAGAAUAUCCAAAUGGUUUAUUACUAUGUGUUUGGAUGGGGUUUUUCUGCGCUUCCAGUUGCCAUCACAUUUGCUAUAAAAUCAAACAGUUAUGGUAACAGUGAAGUCUGUUGGCUCUCUACUAAGGAUGGCACCAUCUGGGCCUUCAUUGGACCUGUUGUUGCCAUAAUUGCGGUAAACACAUUUGUCUUGAUAAUGGUUAUUAAAACUGUUGUCUCCUCUGCGUCCGCUGUAAAAAGCUCCGACCACGCCCAUUUAAAGGCUGGAAUCAAGGGACUGUUUGUGCUGAUGCCCCUUCUUGGUGUAGGCUGGAUUCUUGGACUAUUUGCUUUGAACGAUGGCACAAAGGUUUUCAUUUAUGCAUUUUCUAUUGUCAAUGGAUUUCAGGGCUUCCUGAUUUUCUUGCUGCACUGUGUUUUUAACGAUGAGGUCCGCCAAGCUUUUCGCCGGCAGAAAGAGAAACAUUCUCUCACAAAGGAAAAUAUAUCUCAAUAUAAUGCAUCCUUCUCACUCUCGUCGGAAUCUGGAAGCAAGAAAACGUCGAACUCCAACAGUUUUAGUAAGCUCAAAGGGAGACUUUCUUUCAAACGCAAGAGCUCAGCCAGAGUUGUUCAAGUCCAGCCUGCUAACGACAAUCAUGACGUCACCGACAGUUCGUUCCAAGUAAAACGAACCUUCCAUGAGAGUAACAGGCUGAGCGUGACGGCACAGGAAAACAAAAUGUCUUCAUUAAACUGCCCCAUGGAUUCGGAAAGAGAAGUAGCGCCCAAUAAUCAGCAGGCAGCCAUCGCAAAAGGGAAGCGGAGUCGUCCUUAAUGACCUGGCUUGAGCAGUCCACAGUUACUAAUGUUGUCACCACUUUAUAAGGAAGAAUCCGUACUUAAAUAACAAGAUGAACAUGCAUGGUUAAUCGUGAUUCUUCCUUUGAACAUUUUUUUCUUAUCAAUUUGGAUAUUGUGUUCCUAACCUACAAUGAUUUUUGACUCAUGACAACGAAAAAUAAAGUGAAUGGGUUGGUACUUUGGUUUAAAGUUCGCGUAAGGAUUAACGGAGGUGACCAGACAGAAAAAUUGUUUUGUUGUCGUACUACACAGCCUGUACUUAAUUUGACAAAAUGGUUUUGGCAACUAGCGAUUUCACCUUGAACCCUGAACUCGAAAAAAAGUAGUUAAUAGUUUUAAACAACAAAGACGAAUACUGGUAUGAAUGCAGUUUCUUUACCUUAGAUACGAACAGCAUCAGGAGGUAGUUAACAAUGAAAAGUUUAUGAGAGAGUUGAAAUAAAGAAGCAAAAGACAAUUGUCAUGAUUGUUAACGGAAGUCAUACAACAGCGUCAAAGCUUUCCUUUUCCUUUCCUGUCUGCUUUAAAACCCGUUAUUUCUAUUUUUGCGAUCAACUGAAGGUUGUUACAAUAAUAAUUUUUAUAUGAAUGUGAAAGCGAAUUUAGCAGUAAUGAAUACUGCUUGAGCAGUAGUGAAAAUAAGGCCUGAAAAAAUUCAGGCCUGUAAGGGAUUUAAUACCGACGCGGUGCUCUACCAACUGAGCUAACAAGCCAACUGGGAGUUUGUCAUUAUAUAGCGACUAAACAUCCAACGACUAAACAUUCCUCUUUUUAAAACUGCAACAGGACAAAAAACGCUUUAUUAUAAAAGUGUAUCUCUCUGGAACAAGUUAGAUCCAAGCCUUAACUUAUGUAAGAGUCCCCCUUCCUUUAGGAGAGCUCUAAAAAUCACCUUUUGAAUGAAUGUUUAAACUGACCAUAUUUUAUUUAAAGAUAUAUAAUUCGUAUUGUAGUGUAUGUAUUUUAAUUCUGUAAUCCAAUUUGUUCACUGAAAAGCCCCAGAUGGGGAUGUAUUCAAUAAAUGUAUGUAUGUAUGUAGGUUCUUAACAAACCCGUGAAGUAAUGAAUAAAUGACUGUGAACAUAUGAAAAUCAUAUAUGUGAACUGCGGAUAAAGACGUGAAUUUGAAAGCGAUCUUCGCAGUAAAGAUACCACUUGAGAUGUAGUGAAAGUAAGGCCUGAAAAAAAAUUCAUUCAAAUUGAAUUUUUUUCAGGGAUAAGUGAUUGGCCUUUAACGCAGCUUUUACGAUGUUUUCAGGUCUCUGCGCGGGGUGAAUCGAUUGCCUGCUAGUUAGUUUGUAAGGAUGGACUUUGAGCAAGCAUUUAGGAAACGAAAAAGGAACAACAGCAAACUCUAGCAGCGACUGGUUUAGAUUCCAGUGAAGUCCUCCUGCUUCUGCUCCUGACGCAAAAGCUGAUGAUUCUACAGGUGACUGCGCUUGAGCCGGGAUGACUAAAAAACAAAGAAAAACAGCAAUGUUUUGAAACUCUUAUAAAAACACCCAUUUAUUCGCCCCUAACAUACGACUUACCUCAGAAAACUUUCCUAACUUUUUCUUGAUCUACUUAACAAUGAAAACAUGCGAAACAAGUUUCUUCUGACUCUGCUUUGA